AUGUUUGCAGCUCAUUCUAUAGCAAUUUGGUUGUACGUGGAGCAUGACGUAGCAGAAAAGAAGCCAACCAAUGAGAGCGUAACACAGCUCGGACGCUCAACGCUAACGCACGAGUGUGCGACGCGGUUCGAUCGACCAUUUGCGAGGGGAGGUGACGAGGAGGACGGUACGUCGUGGAUUUGGGUAUUUCUGGGUAUUUGGCGAAUUUUCAAGAUGGCACUACUGAGGUUAUUUAAUUCUGCUCUGCUUUUCAAUUCAUUCUUAUUGUUGCUAUUGCCAACAGCAAGUACCGAUGGUAAUGUGAUAAAGUUCACAGAUGCUGAUUUCAAGGAAGGAAUCAAAUCAUAUGAUGUAUUACUUGUGAAAUUUUAUGCACCAUGGUGUGGACAUUGCAAAAAGCUGGCUCCGGAAUUUGAAAAGGCGGCAACAAAACUUUUGCAGAAUGAUCCACCCAUUCAUUUAGCGGAGGUCGACUGCAAAGAGGAAAAGAAAAUUUGUGACGAAUUCAGUAUUAGUGGCUUUCCAACUUUAAAAAUUUUCCGUAAGGGUGAGCUAGCUCAGGAUUAUGAUGGUCCACGAGUUGCAGAUGGUAUUGUGAAGUAUAUGCGAGGACAAGCAGGUCCAUCAGCCACAGAAAUUAACACAGUACAAGAAUUCGAAAAAAUGCGGGAAGCAGACGAUAUUACGAUUUGUGGAUUUUUCGAAGGAGACAGCAAGUUGAAGGACUCGUUCUUAAAAGUUGCAGAUACAGAAAGAGAUCGUUUCAAUGAUAUUGUUGCGUAUCAACCAAAGAAGUUUCACAAUAAAUUUGAACCGGAUGGAUUCAAAUACGAUGGGAAUUACGAUACAGACAAAAUCAAAGAAUUUCUUCUACAUGAAACGAAUGGACUUGUUGGUAUACGAACUUCCGAAAAUCGGUAUCAGUUUGAUCAACUUCCAAUGUUUGUUGUAUACAGCAAGAUUGACUAUGACUUGGAUCCAAAAGGGUCUAAUUAUUGGCGGAAUCGCGUUCUUAUAGUUGCAAAGGAUUAUAGAAGGAAAGCAUAUUUUGCUAUAAGUAACAAGGACGAUUUCUCCUUUGACCUUGAUGAAUUUGGUUUAGCUAAUCGUAAAGAUACUAAACCACUUGUUGCUGCACGUAGUAAGAAGGGCAAAUUCUUCAUGAAGGAAGAGUUCAGUGUGGAGAAUUUAAGAAAAUUUGUCGACGAUGUUGUUAAUGAUAGGUUAGAGCCUCACAUGAAAAGCGAAGAACCACCUGAAGAACAGGGUGAUGUUAAGGUUGUUGUUGCUAAAACAUUCCAAGAAAUGGUAAUUGAUGUGAAGAAAGAUGUCUUGAUCGAAUUCUAUGCUCCAUGGUGUGGACAUUGCAAGGCACUCGCACCGAAAUAUGAUGAAUUAGGCCAAAAAUUAUCCGGCGAAUCAGGCGUUGUCAUUGCGAAAAUGGAUGCAACGGCAAAUGACGUACCACCGCCAUUCGAAGUGCAAGGAUUUCCAACUCUUUAUUGGGUACCGAAGAAUAGGAAGAAUAAACCAGAACCGUAUUCUGGCGGUCGGGAAGUGGAUGAUUUUAUCAAAUAUAUUGCGAAGCAUGCAACGGAAGAAUUGAAGGGAUACAAGAGAGAUGGAAAACCGAAGAAGAAGAAGGAAGAAUUGUAA